UGCGUCUGGUCUCCGACAAAAAAAAAAUUAAAAAAAAUAAUAAACCAAGGGUAGAACAUGAACCACGCUCGGCCCAUGGCCGCGCGGUUAAUAAUACUGAUGUAAUUUUCAUCCGAUUGAGGUGUCUGCCUGGAUCGUACCAACGGUUCUUAUUCAGGGGUUACAAAUCUUCCCUUCAUGGGAUCGAUGAGAAAAUUGCACCUGUCCAGUACUUGAAAAUAGAUUGAAGUUUGAUAUAAUUUAAGGCGAUCGACAUUUCCAUGGAACAGAUUAAAAAAAAAAAAAAAAUUCGGUAGAACAUGUAUUUUUGCGCCAACAAGAUGUGAUAUAUAAAAGCUACACCAACGCAACUCAGGUCCCAGAUGUAGUUUCGUAUAAAUCUUCCGAGUUGAGUAUAUUUUCCAGUAAAACACAAGUGUCUAUGUAAUAAAAUGUGAUUUUAUAACGUUUGUAUGUUGAGGUGACAAGCCGUACUGAUUUCGUUAUCUGCUUUUUUCGUGACAGUGAAAAUCACUCGCUGAUCUCAUAGUCACUGUACAACAAGCUCUAUGCUCGAGCACAUAAACAGGAAACGUAUUACUGUUCUUAUCACAAGAAAACAUGGUAAGUUACACUUGAAAGAAGCCAGAAGGAUGUGCUGAGUUUCUCGUGAUAUGUGUAGAACGCAGUCGACAGAAAAUAAAGCGAAUAAAACACUAAAGGUCACUAAAAUAACCACCAAAGCCAACCCAACUAAAGAUCUCAUAUGCCAACUUUGUUUACGAUCCACGAUGCGAACUUCAAAUCAGACAGAGCCCGGAAACUGGGUUAAAAUUUACAGCUGAUCCAAAGCUGUCGAUUCGCAAAUUUAUCCCCCUGACGAACCCAAACUCAGGCUAGCGUGAAGCGUGACCCGUUAGUAAGAUAAGAUGCAAAUUUGUUCCACCACCGCUGACUGACUGAUCAGUUCAUUUUAUUCAGUGUCCAGAGUGUUUUUUAGAAACAACGCCUUUCAGACGACUGAAAAUAUCGCUGUUGAAACCAAAGAGCCAUGUCUGUGAUCGAGAAAAACUGGCAAACAACAAAGCCGACUAUCAGAGACAGAAGCAAGCACAUUUUCAACAAUGAUCUCUUCAGCGAUGUCAAGUUUGUUGUGCGAGGAGGGCCCAAUGGCGAAAGUGAAAGUAAACAAGUGAUUCCUGCUCACAAGUUUGUGUUGUCGAUUAGCAGUCCUGUGUUUGAAGCCAUGUUUUACGGUGAGCUGGCGGAGACUACAGAAUCUAUCGAACUGCCUGACUGUGAGUACGACAGUCUGUUGGAGUUGUUUCGUUACAUGUACAGCGAUGAGGUGAUCUUGAGCGGAAGUAGUGUGAUGGGAGUGUUGUAUUUGGCGAAGAAAUACAUGGUGCCUUCACUGGCUGUUAAAUGCACUGAAUAUCUUCAAGAAAACUUAGAUCCAUCAAAUGUUUUCAGCAUCCUGCCCUCUGCUCAGAAAUACGAAGAGAAAAACCUGCUGGACCGAUGCUGGAAAGUGAUCGAUAAACAGACAGAAGAGGCUGUGAAAUCAGAUGGAUUUGCGACAAUCGAGAAAUCCUUACUUGAAGCAGUUGUUGUGAGGGACACUCUGAGCAUAAAAGAGGUAAAUUUGUUCAAAGCAGUCAAUCUGUGGGCAGCAAAUGAAUGUGAGAGACAGGGUUUAAUAACCGACGGCGAAAACAAAAGAAGAAUUAUUGGAGAAUCGAUUGUAAAAGGAAUACGCUUUCCAGUGAUGAAACAAGAUGAAUUUGCCAAUGCUGUCCUUGAUAGUAAAAUUUUGACACCAGAGGAAGUCAUCGCUUUUUUCAAAUAUUACAGUUCAGCAUUGAAUUCUCCUUUGGAAUUUUCAGAGUCCGUGAGAUCUGGUUUCCACUAUAACAUUCACCGCUGUGGUAGAUUUCAAUCUGUAGCAGAAAAUCAAUGGGGCUAUGGAGGAGCAGCUGAUUGUCUUGAUUUUACUGUGGACAAAGAUAUCAUGUUGUAUGGACUGUGUUUGUUUGGAAGUAAGAAUAAUGACUACUCAGUGGCCUUGACGAUAGAGGAAACCGGCGCCCCUUAUUUCACCCUAGUGUCCAAAACAGGAACAUUUUCUUCCAAGCUAUUGCAGUCCUGGAACGGGAAUUAUUGCGAAUUAGAAAUUUUGUUUGAUCCUACAGUUGUAUGUAAGAAGAACACUAAGUACGAAAUCAAUGCUGUUGUAUCUGGGCCCCCGUCUUGGAAAGGAAUUGACGGCGUCAGUACUGUUGUUUGUUCUGGUGUCACAUUUACAUUCAAAGACAACAGGAAUAGUAGUAUUGAUAGUAAUGGAACUACUGUUAGAUAUGGACAACUUCCUGAAAUAAUGUUUUCUGUGCUUCCCUAAUCCCGCGUAUAUUUAAAAUAACUACUUUCUGCAAUGACUUGAGUAAUGGACGUUGUUGAAGGACAACUUUGAGUAACAUUCUCUAUUUUUUUUGUGAUAAUACUACAGUUACCAAAUCAGAAAUGUAGUGUUUCCUUUAAAACUGAUCAACUUUGGAAACAAAAACAUGAUGUUACCUGAUGUUAACUGAUGUUAUAUGGUAUCCUUUUAUGUAAUAAGUAGGUUCUCAUUUAAAUAAAUUCCCCAAUUUCUACUCUAGCCAAGAGCAAUAUUAUAUAUAUAUAUAUCUAUUUUCUACAUAUCAGUUUCUCAAUAAGGUUUUGGGGUUAAAGCAGUGGUAAGGUUAAUAACCAAUGUCUAACUUGCCUCUUACGCAAAAGUUCUUUGGGCUGAACUGUCAGCUAAUAUUACUGAUGGGCUUUUAUUCCGAUUAAGGUGUCUCGAUACAGUUUAUUUCUGAACAAUACCAAGGCUUUUUUCAAGUGUUCCCUUCAUGGGAUCGAAGUGAAAAUUACACUAGUAAUUGGAAAUGGACUGAAGUUUGGUAUAACGUAGUUCUUAAGGCAAUCGAUUUUUCCAUGGAAACGAUAAACAAAAAAAGGAAUCGAAAAUCGAUAAAACAUGAAUUUUGCGCGAAUCCGAUGUGAUCUACAAAAUUUAGUACCGAUGUAGAGCAAGUAGAAUAAAGUUUCACAAGAAUAAACAUUUUAAAUAAAAAGUAAAUCGCACUAACAUUUCAAAUUAUACUUUUGUUUUUGCAUAACAAUAGUAAAUGUGCCGACAGUUCAACACUGUUUCGACAAAAUUGCUUCAAAUAACAACAAAAUGUGUAUUUAAGUCAUGUUUUAAAGCCAUGAAAGUUUUGCUGGAUUUCUUUUUCGCGAAUGCUAACCACAAAAAUCAGCAGUACAUGAAACACUUGCAAAAUAGAAAUUACCUACGAAGAAUUGAAAUGUGCGUAACAAAAUAAAAAGCGUAGAACAAUUUUCGAUUGAGUGCUGUAAAACCAAAACCAACAUUAUCACGGACAAUCUAACGCUGGGUUCGUACUCUUUUAAUCUUUCAAAAUUUCAUGACUUUGCUUGACCUUUUCCAUGACUUUUCUGAGUUUUCCACCCGGGGUUUUCCAUGACCAAAGUUAAGUAGCUAUUCUCACAGUAGCAUCAAAACAAUCACUUAUUUAACAUAUUUUCCAGCAUUAUAAUGGAUAAAAUGCCUGCUUGUGUCUAUUUGUACUGUAAUUAAAGCCUGUUUCAGACUCGUCUGUUA